AUGCGAGCUCGAACCGUAUCGGCCGCCGGGCUGAUCGUCACGCGCACUUCAACCCCGACGACCGUGUGCUCGCAAUGCCUCCGCGAUGACCUCCUCUUGUCUCCAUUUUCCGUCCAAUCCCGCAAAUAUCACCCAACAAGACGGCGGGAUGCAUCGCCAUUUGGUGCCGCCGUGUCAGCUGCCCAGACCAUCUUCAAGGGCCUGCCUAAGGCGCCUCCGGGCAUCUCGGUCGACCCUCUGCGAAUUGUCGGGAAAGAGCUGAAGUUUUUGACCAAAAACAUUCGCCAAUUGCUGGGAUCAGGUCAUCCGGCUCUGGACAAGGUCGCUAAAUAUUAUACCCACAGCGAAGGCAAGCAUAUGCGGCCAUUGCUGGUUCUCCUCAUGUCCCAGGCGACAGCGAUAGACCCUCGCAAACUCCCGGCCGAUCAGGCCAGUCCCAACCCAAUCGAUAACCCCCUCAGCCAGCCAUCUAUACUCGAAGACUCGAACCCAGGUCUCAACCCGCUCGUAUCACGAUCCGUCGAGAGCCACCAGUACAACAUUGCCGGUGACGAUAAUAUCCUCCCGUCGCAGCGCCGACUGGCCGAAAUCACAGAACUCAUUCACACCGCUUCCCUCCUCCACGACGAUGUAAUCGAUAACGCCGUGACCCGACGCGCCAAUAGCUCCGCCAACACGGCCUUUGGAAACAAGAUGGCUGUUCUGGCAGGCGAUUUCCUCCUCGGUCGUGCGUCUGUGGCCCUAGCCCGACUGCGCGAUCCGGAAGUGACCGAGUUGAUGGCGACGGUCAUUGCCAACCUGGUCGAGGGCGAGUUCAUGCAGCUGAAGAACACGGCUCAGGACGAGUCCAACCCCGUUUACACCGAUGACACUCUCAACUACUACCUCCAAAAGACUUAUCUGAAGACUGCCAGUCUGAUCAGCAAAUCUUGCCGCUCUUCAGCUGUGCUGGGUCGGUGCGCCCCUGAGGUUGUCGAGGCUUCCUACGCCUACGGCCGCAAUCUGGGACUCGCGUUCCAGCUGGUGGAUGAUAUGUUGGAUUACACUGUCACUGAGGCGGAGAUGGGUAAGCCGGUCGGUGCCGAUCUGGAGCUUGGUCUGGCAACCGCUCCCCUCCUCUUUGCUUGGAAGAGUAACCCCGAGCUUGGUCCUUUAGUUGGACGCAAGUUCCGCGAGGAGGGUGAUGUGCAGAAGGCGCGUGAGCUUGUCUACCAAAGCAACGGUGUGGAGCAGACUCGUCUCCUGGCCCAGGAGUAUGCCGACAAGGCCAUUGCUGCCAUUAGCGACUUCCCCGAUGGAGAGGCCAAGUCGGGGCUGAUUGAUAUGUGUGAGAAGACCAUGAAACGGCGUAAGUAG